ACAGGAAACGUCUUGAGGGGAGAGCGCCAAAGAGCCACAUUCUCACGAGAGGCUGUUAAGGGGUCUGAGCUUCGUGAAGCGAGGUCUUCAGAAACUCUCCAGGGGCGAUGUACGAAAAGAACUUCGGUCGUUUUCCCGUCAGGAGGAGGAGGCUGGCGCAUUUCGCUCUGUUUCUGCUUCGAGCUGGUGUCAUGGCUUCGAAGUGUGACCCUGCCUGUCUUGGGCAUCGCCUCAUACAAAUUGGGCUGCCCCUCUUAAACGACACCACUGUGAGUUACUGGUGGCCUGGGCAAGCCGUCGACUCAGUCCACCUCUGCGGAGACGGACUGGAGAUGAGCCCGUAUGUCCCAGAGGAGAAGAGGAACCAGUGGCACGCGCUCGUAAUGCAGUCCAGGUUCAUACACGAGGACGAGUUAAUGCUUAAACACAUAGGUGUGCACCUGGGUGGCUGGUACACACUGUCCAUCCCCACCCUGGACAUCUUUGUAAAUGUAUCCUGUGACGGAUGGAGCUGCAAGAACGUGGUAGUUAUAAGCCACCAGCCAGUGACGUGGGCGUUGGGGUGCGACGACACUCCUUGUGGAUGUCCGAGCGAAGCGGCAAAGGGGUGCGCCUUGGGUGGGGUGCAGAAGACAGGCUGCGACAUACUCUACCUCAACCAAGCUGGAAUGAUCCUCGACUCCCCUUCGAAGGUGUUCUGGCGUCCUCUGCUCCUCCAUUCAAAGCUGAGUUUCUUCUGGGGUACAGAGGAUGAGUUUGCCGAACCUUACACCAUUGUCGCGAGCCGACAAGAACUGGACACCUGGGUUACUUUUGACAUUCACACGCGGAAGGUGGAGAUCGGGAACAAGAUAGUACGAGAAUGCAAUAUGACAAUACCCGCUCUCGAUUUCGCUACAGUGUGUUCAGUCGCUGACAAAGCAGUGUUGUUUUAUUCUACUGAACCUGCUGUCAUAGCCCUAGGGUGUGACGUGCCACCAGUCUACAGAAAUACUGCAGAUGGGUUGCCUGGCUGGGCGAUUUUCGUUAUGGUUCUCAUCUUGACCGGUCUUUGCGUCUCCGCCUCCUGCGUCGUCAGGAGGAGGAGGAAGACACAACGCCAAGGGACCGCUUAGACAGAGUCAUCUUAUUCUUCAACCACAUCAUAAGACAGAUUUGUGCCCAACCACUUCUCUACAACUUGGACAUCCGUCCCACGGCGCUUUGCAUAAUCCAUCACCUGCAGAGAAACAAUUUUUAUUGUGAGGUGUGUUCUCCAAUGUCUAGUGUUUUAGCUAUGGCUAACCUAUUCCUGGCUAUCCUAACAUAAUUACUAUUUGUUUAUGUAAAAGGAAUCCAUCUUUAUAGCCUCUGCCUUUAUAUAUGUGUAAAAAAAAAGAAGAA